CCUAGCAGAGUGCUUGCCAGUCCGGCUGGCUGUAGAAAGGGAAGCGGCAGCUGCCGGGAGGUGGGAUCUGUCCGAGUCUUAUUUUAUUAAUUAUUUAAUUAUUGCACACAGUGAGCUGGGCAGCCCAAACUUCCUAUCUCCUCUCACACUGUGACACUGCUGCCUGUCCCUGCCGCCUAGAGGAGGCCUGAGCCGCAUCUGCAGACCUAUAAAAAUGUUAUCCAGAUUGAGAGUAGUCGCAAGCAGAAGUCUGCCAGCAUGUCGGACUGUGCACACCAAAGAGAAGGGCAAAGCUCUUAUGUUAAAUCCAAGGACAAACAAGGGAAUGGCAUUUACUUUACAAGAAAGGCAAAUCCUUGGACUUCAGGGACUCUUACCUUCCAAAAUAGAGACCCAAGACAUUCAAGCUGCUCGAUUUCACAAGAACCUGAGAAAAAUGGAGGACCCUUUAGAAAAAUACAUUUACGUAAUGGGAAUUCAGGAGCGAAAUGAGAAGCUCUUCUAUAGAAUUUUGCAGGAUGAUAUUGAACGAUUAAUGCCAAUUGUCUACACGCCCACAGUCGGUCUGGCCUGCUCGCAGUACGGACACAUAUUCCGUAGGCCAAAGGGGCUUUACAUUUCAAUAUUCGACAAAGGACAUAUCCGAUCAAUCUUAGACAACUGGCCGGAAACCGAUGUAAAGGCUGUUGUAGUAACUGAUGGCGAAAGAAUUCUGGGUCUCGGAGACCUUGGAGUUUAUGGAAUGGGAAUACCAGUGGGAAAAUUGUGUCUGUAUUCUGCAUGUGGUGGAAUUCGGCCUCAGAAAUGCCUUCCUGUCGUUAUCGAUGUCGGCACUGAUAAUGAGACAUUGCUGAAGGACCCGUUCUAUAUGGGACUUUACCAGAAGAGGGAUCGCACUGAGCUGUACGAUGAACUCAUAGAUGAGUUUAUGGACGCUGUCACAGACCGUUAUGGCCAAAAUACACUCAUCCAGUUUGAAGACUUUGGGAACCACAACGCCUUUCGAUUCCUUAGGAAAUACAGAGAAAAAUAUUGCACCUUUAAUGAUGAUAUUCAAGGGACUGCCUCCGUAGCGCUGGCUGGACUGCUCGCAACACAAAAUGUCCUCGGAAAACCAAUUACCGAGCAAAUCGUCCUUUUCCUCGGAGCAGGAGAGGCUGCUCUUGGGAUUGCAAACCUCAUAGUUAUGGCAAUGAUGGAAAGUGGUCUCUCAGCAGAAGCAGCUCGGCAGACGAUCUGGAUGUUUGACAAAUUCGGUCUAUUGGUUCAGGGUCGAGAAGAAACCGCAGAUGGCAAUCAGGAGUGCUUUGCACACCCUGCUCCAGAGCAGACGAUUAAAACCUUCCUUGAUGCGGUGAAUGUAUUAAAGCCAACUGCAAUAAUUGGUGUCGCAGGAGCUGGCCCACUCUUUACAGAAGAUGUAAUCAAAGCAAUGGGUUCGAUUAACGAGAAACCAAUCAUCUUUGCUCUGAGUAACCCUACAGUUAAGGCUGAAUGCACAGCCGAGGACGCAUACACACUGACAGAGGGACGCUGUCUCUUUGCCAGUGGGAGUCCAUUUGAUACGGUAACUUUAAGUGAUGGAAGAUCCUACAAACCAGGUCAAGGGAACAAUGCUUACAUAUUCCCAGGUGUUGCUCUGGCCGUCAUUCUAAGUGGUGUUCGUCACAUAAGUGACCGGGUAUUUCUUGAAGCUGCAAAGGCUCUGGCAGAACAGUUGACUCCUGAAGAGCUGGACCAAGGACGUCUUUACCCACCACUGUCUAAUAUUCGAGAGGUUUCCAUAUGCAUUGCGGUUAAAGUCAUGGAAUUUGUAUAUAGAAAUGGCAUGGCAUUCCAGUACCCCGAACCCAUGGACAAGAAUGCUUAUAUUAGGUCUAAAGUGUGGAACACAGACUAUGACUCUUUCUUGCCAGAUAUCUACGACUGGCCCGAGUUAUCAGGACCCUUUGAGUCCUCGGAGUCAACAUGAUAAUCCUUGUCCUGACGUGCAAUAGCCAACUGUUACAAAUAUGAUUUUUAUUUAUUUUUUUUAA